CCCCGCCCCGCCCCUUUCCUCACCGGGACCCUCCGAACCUCCGCACGUGGCGUCGCCGUUGCCGCCGCGCUCUUCCUGACCCGGCGCUGCAGCCAUGGCUCCCGCCCAGCUCGCCCUGUUCAGUGUCUCAGACAAAACUGGCCUUGUGGAAUUUGCCAGAAGCCUCACGACCCUUGGGUUGAAUCUGGUCGCUUCCGGAGGGACUGCAAAAGCUCUCAGGGAUGCUGGCCUGGCAGUCAGAGAUGUCUCUGAGGUAACAGGAUUUCCUGAAAUGUUAGGGGGGCGUGUAAAAACCUUGCAUCCUGCAGUCCAUGCUGGAAUCCUGGCCCGUAAUAUCCCGGAAGAUAAUGCUGAUAUGGCCAGACUUGAUUUCAAUCUUAUAAGAGUUGUUGCCUGUAAUCUGUAUCCGUUUGUGAAGACAGUGGCUUCUCCAGAUGUAACUGUGGAGGAUGCUAUCGAGCAAAUUGACAUUGGUGGAGUAACCUUACUGAGAGCCGCAGCCAAAAACCAUGCUCGAGUGACAGUUGUGUGUGAACCAGAGGACUAUGUGGCAGUGUCCACAGAAAUGCAGAGCUCCAACAGUAAGGAUACAUCCUUGGAGACUAGACGCCAGUUAGCAUUGAAGGCAUUCACUCAUACAGCGCAAUAUGAUGAAGCAAUUUCAGAUUACUUCAGGAAGCAGUACAGUAAAGGAAUAUCUCAGAUGCCCCUGAGGUAUGGAAUGAACCCUCAUCAAACUCCUGCCCAGCUGUACACCCUGAAGCCCAAGCUUCCAAUCACAGUUCUCAAUGGAGCCCCUGGAUUCAUAAAUUUGUGUGAUGCUUUGAAUGCUUGGCAGCUGGUGAAGGAACUCAAAGAAGCUUUAGGCAUCCCAGCCGCAGCAUCUUUCAAACAUGUCAGCCCAGCAGGUGCUGCUGUUGGAAUUCCACUCAGUGAGGAUGAAGCUAAAGUCUGUAUGGUCUAUGACCUCUAUAAAACCCUUACACCUGUAUCAACUGCAUACGCAAGAGCAAGAGGGGCUGAUCGGAUGUCUUCAUUUGGUGAUUUUAUUGCAUUAUCUGAUGUGUGUGAUGUCCCAACUGCGAAAAUUAUUUCCAGAGAAGUGUCUGAUGGUAUUGUUGCCCCAGGGUAUGAAGAAGAAGCUUUGAAAAUACUUUCUAAAAAGAAAAAUGGAAGCUACUGUGUUCUUCAGAUGGAUCAGUCUUACAAACCAGAUGAAAAUGAAGUUCGAACUCUCUUUGGUCUUCGUUUAAGCCAGAAGAGAAAUAAUGGUGUCAUCGACAGCUCAUUAUUUAGCAAUGUUGUUACCAAGAAUAAAGAUUUGCCAGCUUCUGCCCUCAGAGACCUCAUUGUAGCCACGAUCGCUGUCAAGUAUACUCAGUCUAACUCCGUGUGCUAUGCCAAGAACGGGCAGGUUAUUGGUAUUGGAGCUGGACAGCAGUCUCGGAUACACUGUACACGUCUUGCAGGGGAUAAGGCAAACUAUUGGUGGCUUAGACACCAUCCACAAGUACUUUCCAUGAAGUUUAAAACGGGGGUGAAGAGAGCCGAAAUUUCCAAUGCCAUUGAUCAAUAUGUGACUGGCACUAUUGGCGAGGAUGAAGAUGUAAUGAAGUGGAAGGCACUGUUUGAGGAAGUCCCCAAGUUAUUAACUGAGGCAGAGAAGAAGGAGUGGAUUGACAAACUAUGUGAAGUUUCUGUCAGUUCUGAUGCCUUCUUUCCCUUCAGGGAUAAUGUAGACAGAGCUAAAAGGAGUGGUGUGGCCUACAUUGCAGCUCCUUCCGGUUCUGCUGCUGACAAGGUUGUGAUUGAGGCUUGUGAUGAACUGGGAAUAAUCUUGGCUCACACGGAUCUUCGGCUCUUCCACCACUGAUAUGUGUCACAUACCAUUUCAUUUUCUGCUUCUUUGUAGGUCAACAAUCGUGUGAAAUUUUGAAAGUACCUUUUCAAAAAAUAAAAUAUUGCAUCAUAAUAGUUGGGUCCAUAGUU